GCGCGGCGGGCGCUCAGUUCUCCUUCCCGCUAGAGUGCGGGCGCCCGCGGGAGGUAGGCAGUGGCCGCCUGGGACCCCCGGCCCAGCUCUUCGGGCCGCUCGGGACGUGCGACGGUUCGGUUCGAACUGAGGUUCCUGAAGGCUUUAAGGGAAACGCAAUUUAGGGAAGACUCAAUGGCUCUAGGUGAAGAUGUGGCUGAGACCGACGCAUCUGUCAACACGAAGGUCCCAUCCUGUGGCAGGUGGAACUCUGGGGAACAGGAGCCACAGCAACCCGUGCAUCUGGAAGCUGAGAGAGGGCCACUGUGGAGGGCUGGGGCUGGCCCUGACUGCGUCUCUGGAGUCUUCUUGUCACAGGCCCACAUUGCCAGCGGAGAACCGGUAGCAGAUAGGUCUGAACCUGCCCUCAGAGGCCCACUUCCUUCUGCCAGCAUGGGGACUGGAGACCUUCACUCUGCAGGAAGCCACAUGGAGGAAAACAAACUUCCUGCCUCCCAGGACCUGUAUCAGAGGGUUCAAGUCCUUGGAACUAUAACUGUGUGCUCAGAACAUGAUGCUGACAGUGAAGACAACCAGUCCCCGGUUGAAUCACCUCAAGUUCUGGGCCUCAGCCAGCAACCUCACAUCUCAAGAUUCCCUCUCCUAUCACAAUGGAAGACCACGGUGAGCCCAGGUGCUCCUCAGCUCUCUAGCAGAAACAUCUCUGCCUCUUCCAUGGGCAACAGUCUCCAGGAUCACCAGGAGAAGGCAGAGCCUCAAAGUAGCUCCUUUGCCAAGGUCUCCUCUCGGGAGUUUAUUGUACCUCAUGGAGCCCCCUCUGUGGUGGGGUCAGAGCCUCAGUCCCUGUGGUCACCACAGCCUGGGGUCCCUGGGGGUAAUGCUACUACCCUGGGUAAGAGACAGCUCUCCUUUCAGGCAGAGUACUGGGCCUGUGUGCUGCCAAAUUCUCUACCUCCCUCUCCUAACCGCGAUUCCCCACUCUGGAACCCAAAUAAAGAGUAUGAAGAUCUGCUUGACUACACUUACCCACUGAGGCCUGGGCCUCAGCUCCCAAAGCAACUUGAGAGUCAUGUACUGGCUGACCCUGUCAUGCAGGACUCAGGUGUAGAUCUGGACAGUUUCUCUGUCUCCGCAGCAAGUACUCUCAAGUCGCCCACUAACAUCUCACACAAUUGCUUAGCAUCAGAAGUGCCUGCCCUGCCAUUUUCUGGAGCCAGGGAGCCAUGCCUUAAGCGUUGGCCCUUGGGAGUAUCCCAGAAACAGGAUGGCAUAAGCCUGGCAUCUUGGAAGCAGCUUGCAUCAACCCCUAGAGCCUCAGGUACCAAGGAUACUUCUUGUGAGAACAGAGAGGCAGCCCCAAGGGACACAAAGAACUAUCCACCUAUAGGCAAGAACCUCAGUGUGGGUUCUCCCCAGCUAAGGACAAAGGAGAGGGGCCCGCCCUUUUCCAGACUAGAGAGGGAGAAGAGAGCCUGCUGGAAUGUUGGGCAUCCUGCCUAUGUGAAGCCUGGGUGGACAUCAGAAGAGGAGAUGGAAAGUGAGGAUGAGUACCUUGCCUUGCCCACGAGGCUGACUCAGGCUUCUAGUCUGAUGUCCUACUUAGGUGCCAUUCCCACCCUUGUAAACCUACCCCCUGGGGCUGCUGAGGAGCACAGUUCACUGGAAGUCUCAGACAGUGAUGGGUCAGCUUCCCCUACAUUGGACUCCAGCCAAAGGCAGCAUCCUUCUGGUGCUACCUUCCAAGGGCCUAUGGUCCAGAACCCCUGCUUCGUGGACUCUAUCCAUCCCAAAGACUCCUCAGACAAAAGUAAUAUGAUGAGCAGCCAGGCCCUCGGGGUCUCUUAUGGACUGCUGAAAACUCACCCCUCCAUGCAAGCUGCGUCGGACAGGUGGUCGUUCUCAGAGCCAGCUGCUGAAGAGAGGCUUCCCAGGAACACAGGGCAGGGGAAAGCGUCACUGGUGCAAUGUGUGCAGACAUUUUGUUGUCAGCUGGAAGAGCUCAUCUGCUGGUUGUAUAAUGUCACAGAUGUUGCUGACCUCAGUGCUCCACCCAGUUCCACUCUGACGGGUCUCAAGUCUUCUCUGCAGCUUUACCGGCAAUUUAAGAAAGAUAUAGACAAACAUCAGUCCCUGACAGAGAGUGUCUUGGAGAAGGGGGAGAUUCUUCUUCAGUGCCUGAUGGAUAACACCCCAGUUUUGAAGGAUGUCCUUGGGAGGAUUGCAGAGCAGUCUGGUGAGCUGGAGAGCUGUGCAGAUCACCUUUAUGACUCCAUCUUAGCCUCUUUGGACAUGUUGGCUGGCUGCACCCUCAUCCCUGACCACAGGCCAACAGCAGCUAAAGAACACCCGCCUGAAAGACUUUAACUCAGCACAGGCAGAGGUGGACUCACAUCAGCUAAAUUGGGGAGAAAACAAGAACUUCUUGGAAGAGCCAUUUAACAGUUAAGGUGUAAGGGAGAGACACAGCUUUGAACAAACUUGCUUUAAGAUGCCUUUCCCAUCUCUGAUGGGUUCUUGAGUCACUGUUCUCAUCAUGAAACCCUCCAAACGAAGGCUUUUCCUUUUGGUGCUUCUCUACCAAAAAUACGUGGCUUUACAAUUUUGAUAAAAUACUAGGGUUUGUGGGUCUCAUGUACCUCUUCUGUUUAAAAACCAGCAGAUAAGCUGCUCAAGAAAGGUUCUAAGUACUUGGAAUUAGCGUACCUGUUAAUUUUUUAGACAUAAAAUACAGUAUUUCACAUGCCUGCUGCAACCCAGUAUGGCUUAUGGGCGUGAUCCAAAUUAAACUGUUUUGAUUCUGCCAUCUCUAAGUCAAGCUUAUUUCUUACAUUGUACGUGGUAAAUAAUGUGCUUUCAAAAGACAAAAGAAAAUGCUUUUCUAGCAAAUGAGAAUUGGUUAAAAAUCAGUACAUUUUACUUCUCUGGUGUGACUUUAAAUUGCCUUCUCAUUAAUGUUAGAGCUGCCCUCAGAAAUUAAACCCAUUUGGCAGGCAUGAAAGUCAGUCAGCAUAAAAACUGAAGAUGGAUGGGCUGGAGAGAUGGCUCAGAGGUUAAGAGAACUGACUGCUGUUCCGGAGGUCCUGAGUUCAAAACAGCAACCACAUGAUGGCUCACACCCAUCUGUAAUGAGAGCUGGUGCCCAGAACACUAUAUACAUAAUAAAUAAGUAAAAAAAAAAAAAAAAAAACUGAAGAUGGCAGAACCUUGCAGAAAAGAGUUAACCAGUUGCACCAAUUGAAUGCAGAAUAAAGCGCUCCUGUUCUCUUAAAGCGUCAACUGACAAUGUUUAGUCUGGAAUAUACUGUUUCCCAACAAAGUACUACCUUGCCUAAAGAUGGUCCAUGCUUUUGUUCAUCCUCUUUGUAACAAAAAGAUAAGCUUUUUUGUAACUAAAGGGUGCAAACUCUGACCUUGGCUGUGAAAGCCACUUAAGAAUAUCAACACAGCUGUUAAUUAUAUCUUCUGCUGUGUGUUAACUUUUGACCUGAAAUUGUCUCAGCCUAGGAUGAUGCCACCAUUUCCAUGUGCAAGUGUGGCCAGGGUCUUGAAGUGUUUAUACUUGAAAAGUGGGAUAUACCCCCCAAGCUGCAUUCAUUGGUGCAUACAUCAAAGCAAAUAGUAAUUAAGUGUGCUGAAAUGGUGUUGUAUGCCCUCAUCUUGCUGCCAGUGGUGAAAGAAAACUAGAAUUUUGCAAAGUCUGUAAAUUUGUUUAUAUUAUAAAUAAAUGUUUUCUGCUAACAAAGAAUAAACCAAAAGUUUGAACAGUUUUUGCUAUUGUAAAAUUAAAGUGCAUGGCAUCACUUUGUCUUACAUUGUUUCUGUAUCAUUUAGUUAUUAUAGAAAACAGUUUAUGAACUCUUUCUCCCUUUGUAUUUUGACAAGGAAAAAACCCAACAGUGUACAAUAUAUAUGUGUAUAUGGGUCAAAAUAUAUUUUAACCCAUAUAUACUGAUGGCUUCAGGAAUUUCCAGUUGUCUUACAUAAGGACGAAUAGACCCAACAAGCACAUCUAUAAUACAAAGUAAACUAUGAUUUUAUUGU